AUGGCAUCUUCAGUAGCCUCGGCCGCGGCAACUAUCUUCAAGUCGCUAUCAGCUCGACCUCCAACGCCCCCUCGAGAGACGAACCACACUCGCGACACAGCCACCGGGCCAGCGCCUCCGACCAGAGCUGCCCCCUUCGAUCCUCGUCUGAACCUCCAGACGCCACCGAAUGCCAGCUCCGCGGCGUCGGCUGCAACAGAACCCAAUUCUGGCUCGGGGCGGACUAGGAAGAAGGUCGAGUGGUCUGCUCACACACAAUACAAAGAGCCUGCCGAAUUCAAAGACGGUUCCGCGCUACCAAAGCCGUCACCAGCCGCCUCCGCAACCCCUUCGUCGGCGUCGAGGCCCAUCAAGGGAAUUCUCAAGCCAUCUGCUUCCCCCGGCCCUCUUACUACUUCUCUUGACCGAGAUGCCAAUGGAGACGCGUUGCAAGGGAACAUAAUCGACAUGCUGGACUCUACAAUCAAGCAGCUCGCUGGCUCUGACCGCGACUCGAAGCUCGAUGCCUACAUGAUGCUGGCACGUGCCCUGAAGGCAUCCAACAACCUGCCCGACCGUGUUGCUCUCCAGGAUAAAAUGAGCCUGUUUAUGCAGUUCAUUCAGCGCGACAUCACCGCCAAAAACGCUAACGCGACCCCCGACACUUCACUCAUCAACCACGCCCUCGGCCUCGUCGCUACUUUCCUCCACUUCCCAGCCAUAGCCUCGACAUUAACUUCCGAUUUCGGCAUCUUCAUCAUCGAUCACGCUAUCCGUUCACUCGAAGAUGCCUCUACCGCCAAGAAAGAUGUUGUCCGCCAUCUGAUGCAAGUGGUGGCCUUUCAAAAUUUCCCACCAAAGGUCAUGACCUCUGAUCGUGUUGGACGCCUGGUCGCCUCUUUGCACAAGAUCGAAAACCAUCUCACGGGCAAGAGCAUCAUAAUGAGCAGAAUCCACAUUUAUAAGCGUCUCAUCAAACAAGCGCCAAAGCACAUGGUUGUGUUCUCGGACUGGCUGCAGGACAUGUUCACAGACAUGCUGAGCAGUAUCAAAGAAAUCAGAUCACAGGCUAUCAGCCUUGGCACCGAAGCUGGCUUCGCUUUGCGAUCCGAGAAACAAUUGAUGCGAAGGGCGACCGAAAUCCUACAAGCGACUAGCGAAGGCGAGGCAUACAUAGCCUUUUACAUCUCAAGACUUCAAGACAUGAUCAAAGACAGACAGACAUCAUCUGCUGUCCCGCAAAUCUGGAGUGUUGUCAUCCUAUUUUUAAGAUGUCCUCUCGAGAGAUGGCAGUACUACGGACCAUGGUUGACCCUUGUUCAGUCGGCUUUCAACAUGACGGACAGCUCGACGAAGCAGGAGGCAAACUAUGCGUGGAACAGAUACAUCUACCUGUCUCUUACUGACAAUAAAGUUUCCCCCAAAGUGCUAGGAACUCUUUGCCAGCCACUUUCGAGCCAGCUUCGACGAAAAUCGUCGCCAAAGCAAUUCGAAGAAGCCAUGAAGCUAAAACGCAUUGUUAUCGGUGGCAUUUGCAAUCUGUACUACUACGCCUUUGCCCCGGGAAACGAGAAAUAUCCUGCCGAUGCGGUAUGGGAUGUUGCUGUGCACCCGAUUAUGAGCUUGCUCACGAGCCUAGACGGCAAGCCCGAUAUUCCUGGAGAUUGCGUCAUGCAAGCAUCACACCUACUUGUUGGCCUACUGGAUGUUGCGACGCCCCGAGUUUGGAGGCAUGAUCGAAUUAUGGACCUCCCUCCCCCAAAAGCUGAUGAGCUGCCACCUAUCGACUCAAAAUGGGUCCGAAAGAACUGCGAGAAGGUGCUGCAGCAUGUGAGUGCAAUCCUGGAAAAGAAGUUUCUCGACUUGGCAAACAAAGAGAGCUUGGCAUAUCGACUUUGGCAGGUACUGGUUGGCUCCAUUGCCUCAGCUUCUGCCAAGGAUAUCAAGGUGUCAGAGGACACUGCCAAGUUCAUUGCAUGUACAUUCAGCUUCAUUGCGAAGGUUUGGUCAGCUGGCGUACCGGGAGGAGAUGAGACGGUCGUCGCGAAAUUCUUCGCGGGCAUGGAAAACCUGCUCGCUGUCCUUGUGGAAGGUCUGAGAGUUUUGCCUUUCAUGGAAAAGAAGUUGUCAAUGACCUCGAAUUCAUUUGAACCCAUAUUGACACCAUCUCAUCGCAACGACCAGCCAGAAAGCACGCAAGGGGUGUCACGGAUACCCGUUUUGCACCUUUUCCACAUGUUCUCCUCGCUGCCUCCUGGGGUCAAGGAUGAUGAACCGUUCAACACCUUUUUUUCUGCGGUAUUUGAGCCGUUUUUCAAAGACCGACCCCGCAAGGCUCGUCUCGAUCUCGCUCGAGAAUUACUGCACCAGCUUCCCCGAAACUCAACUACCCCAUUUGCACCAUGGAUACUUGCUUCGCAGAACCUAAGAGUGCUUUUCAGUGGCUCCUCGGAUGCGCCUACCUCCAGCAUUUCCAGCAGUGAGCAACUCCUUGGUCCAGUGUACCGCGAAUUUGUUUCUCUCUUGGACAGAGGGCUAAUGUCGCACCCGAACCUACCGCCAUUACAAUGGACAUCGCUAUUCAACCAAGUUUGCGAGCACGCGAGGUCUCAGGCUGGGGACGCUGGCCUUGCUCUAGCUGUUGUCGAACCACUGGCAAAGGCUCUCGCGGACUCUGUUCUCCCCAACGUCAACACGCUUCAGCCGCAGCAAUUGACAAUGGCUAUUCAGCCGUCGUCAGCUCUCUUCGAAGUCGCUCAUAUGCCACGAGAUGCCCAUGCUGUGGAAGCCGCUCGACGCCGAUUAUGGGGGACCGCUUUGACGACAGCCAAGAGCAACUCGGCCGAUCCAUAUGACCAUCUCUACAAGCUGGGGAACAACUGUCUUCGCUUCCUUUAUUCGGCAACUUCAGAGAAUCUGCGAAACGAGGAUACCCUUUUAUUCCUUCAAUCUGUCACUGGAUUUUUAGAUCGCUCAGGUGCUACCCAUGGGCUCAGACUUCUAAACAAGCUACAGCAAGGCAUUUGCGCCUGGAUUCUGGACGAAGAUUCACGCCUUGGAAAAGACGACGAAAAAGCCGUCUUGAAAGCCGUACAAAACCUCUGGAGUCAAGCUUGUGCUAUCUUUACGGGCAACGGUUCCCUGAGUAAGGCCCAAUUCGAUGAUGCCGAAGCACUCUUCACGACAGCUUUUAAGAGCAAACAAGCAUACAUUGUCCAGAAGGCCGCUGAUGCGUGGAAUACUCUCGUCAAAGACGAGGAGAGCGUGGACUGCUCCGAGAGUCUUAAGUCUGUUGUGUCCUCGCUGCGCCUUAAACUAGACAUUGCGCUCCCAGGCUCUGAGGCCGGCGAUUUUGGCGCUCAAUCUGGCCGCGGUAGAGAAGACAUUAGUUUUGUUGCUCUUUCCUCGAUGUCAUCCCACCAGGACGGACAACAAGAACCAGGGAGCACAGCCAGCUCUUCCACUCCCAGUCUGCGAAGAACUUCCUCAAGAAAGCGUCGAAGCGAAGCUACAGCCGAAACGAACAGUGCCAAGCGGUCAAGACCCUCGGCGACGCCAAAACGUCUGCGACAUGAUAACUCUCAAAUCAAGUUUGCCCCGAUCGCAUCUUCGUCCCCUGUGGUGGAAGAAUCGCAGCAUCUUACUGAGCGACAGAGAGAAGUUCGCGAACGCCAGCGCGAGGAAAAUAACAUUUAUUCUGACCUGCAUAACCCAUCUGCUGGCACGCCGGGCGAUGAGAAGGAGACCCCGAAAGCCAAAAGCAGGUCAAGACCUCAGCAGAAUGGAACACCACAAAGGGAAGAGCAGUACAGCAGACAUAUCACGUCUACACCGACGCCAAGACGUGGCCAGUUUCUACAGCUUGAUGACCUCAACGAUCCGCCGUCAUCCCCGCCACUGCCCCGGCCGUACCCUUUGCUCUCGGAGCUCAAGUCUCGAUCAAGGGCGGAUAACUCCAUGGAGAAUUGGGAGUUCUCAUCGCCACCUGGAUCCCCAGCUGUCAAUAAAUCUGCCAGCGCCGAGGCUGAACAAGCUCAACACACUGCUUUGGCCGAACUUCAGCAACCAACUGCUGGCAUGGUGACUAGAAGUCGCCGCCGCGGAAGCGCCAGCCAAGAUCAACCAAUCAAGGUCAUCCCAUCGAGCGUCGACCUGGAGGACAAGGCUGAAGACGAUGCGAAACCUGAACCCAAGCAACCCAAGCAGUACAAGAAGCCUACGGCCCGCUCUCGGAGAGGGAGGCCCCGCACUUCGGUACCUACGCCUGCGCAGGAGCAGCUCGAGGAGGCCAGCAUUGAGACGUCGAAGCCUAAGCAGGGUCACAAAGAAGCGGAAGCAGAAGCCGUGGAAGAAGCUGACCUGAAUGAGGGCAGCAAGCGAUCUCGUAGACGCAAGUCGUUGCGCGGUAAGGCCGCCGCGACGGAGCAGUCGGAGAAAAGCGCACUGGAGAUUGCUAUUCCUAGCUCAGCACCUGAAGACGCUCAUGAAGACGUGCCUGAAGUCGCUCCCGAGGACGUACCUGAAGAGAUGCACAUCGUUCCUUCUUCGCCUGUUGUACCGUCUACGCCCGUUGACAAGUCAGAAAUUGAUGCGGCCGGCGAAUCGAAGAAGAAGCGGAAGCGGAAGAGACUUGGACUGCCUAGCGCGGGCAGCACUCCCAGAAAGCGACGAUUUCCAACGCGAGAACUUGAGCCUGAGGCCGAGCUUGAGACCGAGCCGGCCGCUCAAGCCAAUGAUCUACCGGCUGCUGAAGAAGAGUCGGAAGCGUCACAAUCUCUGCCAGAGCUCAUGCAUGGUGAAGAAAUCCAGACAGCGGCGAAGGAAACCAGGCAGAGCGCGAGACAGCAACAUCAGCCUGCUGAAUUGUCACCUCUGAAGCGACGCACUCGCAGCCGAGGCAGAGCCAAGAACAAGCGCAGCAGCACUGUGCCUGAAUGCCCCCGGGAAGGCGGGGACACAGAUGAAGAAAUCAUGUCGCAACUUUUUACGGAGGCCACGGCUGCUACUGCCUGCCAGCCAAAAGUAGAGGAUGUCGAGAUGACAGUCACAGUGGCGGAGACUUCUGCGGUGGAAACUUCUGAAGUGGCAAACGAGCCUAUUCCAGAGCAGACGAAGGCUUCCGUCAUGGCCACUCUUCGACAAGGUCUUGACCAGCUCCGCAACACCACGUUGUCUCGCGACGAGGUAUACAAGAUGGAAGAGAUGCUCAUGGACAUGAAGCGCGAAAUCUACGAGGCGGAAUUCCGUGGAAGGAAGAGCGAGUAA